AUGGUGUACCGCAAGCUUCCUGACUACCAUCAUCCUGUUAUUCAUCUGGAUUGCCUGAAUGCUUCCAUCCACUUCCUGAAGAACCUUCAAACCUAUGGAAUAGACCCCUCCCAGGUGGUGAUCUCUGGAGAGAGUGCUGGGGCUUGGGCUGUGGCCACUGUAACUCAGGCUUUGGUCAGUCAACCCAUGCUUCCCCAGAUCAGGGCUCAAGUCCUGAUUACUCCAGGUCUGCAGGGCAUUAAUUUCCAGUUACCAUCACAACAGCAGAAUCAAAAUGUUCCAUUGCUUACCAGAGACAUAAUGAUUACAUGUAUGUGUAAAUAUCUAAGCAUUGACCUCUCUUGGAAAAAAUUUUUGUUGACAGGAGCUUGUGUGCCCCUGGACACUUGGAAAAAGUACAGCAAGUGGGUCAGCUCUGACAACAUUCCCCAAAGGUUUAAGAGCAAAAACUUCCAUCCCGAGUUUCUGGGACCUUUUAAUGAGACUGCCUAUCUGGAAACCAAGCAUAUUUUGGAUGCAAACAUUUCACCUCUUCUAGCAGAUGAUAAGAUCAUUGCUCAACUUCCAGACACAUUUCUGGUGAGCUGUGAAUAUGAUGUCCUCCGGGAUGAUGCCUUGCUCUACAAGAAGCGCUUGGAAGACCAGGGGGUCCCUGUGACCUGGUACCAUGCAGAGGAUGGCUUUCAUGGAUGCAUCUGUUUGUUUGAUAAGCAGCCUUUCUCUUUCCCCUGCUCCAUAAAUGUUUUAAAUGCUGUUAUCAAUUACAUUAAGGGUGUGUGA